CCCUGAGUGCGCCUCCCGGAGCCUCAGACCCCCGCCCGCCCCCUUCGGCCACCAGCGGGGGAGAGCGGCUCAGCCUCCUAGCCGCUGGCCCAGCACUCCGCCACGGCUCGGCCCACGGCCCCCUCCUCCCGAUUGCCGCCAGCGGGGGAAGGUAGAGAAGGGGAGGGGACAAGCAAGAGCCUUGGCCCGCCCGGCCUUCUCUCUCUACCCGGUGCUGAGACGCCAAGCCGAGCCCCAAGGUCUGUGUGGAGCAGGAGGCGUGAGGGGAGAGAGCACAGGGACCGAUCGGAGCCCCGCGGUGACCCCCAGCUGCCGAAUUCCCCCGGACUUUGAGGAGUGGGGGACGCACCCCAAACAAGAGCAGGCGCGGCGCUUCCACCCCAGUGCAGCCUACCCCUGGCGGUGGUGAAAGAGACUCUGGAGUCCUGCUUCCAAAGUGCCCGCCGUGAGUGAGCUCUCGCCCCAGUCAGCCAAAUGCUCCUCUUCGGGCUUCUCCUUCUGACAUCUGCCCUGGCCGGCCAGAGACACGGGACUCAGGCUGAGUCCAACCUGAGUAGUAAAUUCCAGUUCUCCAGCAACAAGGAACAGAACGGAGUACAAAAUCCCCAGCAUGAGAGAAUCAUUACUGUGUCUACUAAUGGAACUAUUCACAGCCCCAAGUUUCCUCAUACUUAUCCGAGAAAUAUGGUCUUGGUAUGGAGAUUAGUAGCAGUUGAGGAAAAUGUAUGGAUACAACUUACAUUUGAUGAAAGAUUUGGGCUUGAAGACCCAGAAGAUGACAUAUGCAAGUAUGAUUUUGUAGAAGUUGAGGACCCCAGUGAUGGAACUAUAUUAGGGCGCUGGUGUGGUUCUGGGACUGUGCCGGGGAAACAGAUUUCUAAAGGAAAUCAAAUCAGGAUAAGAUUUGUAUCUGAUGAAUAUUUUCCUUCUGAACCGGGGUUUUGCAUUCACUACAACAUCGUCGUGCCUCAAUUCACAGAAACUGUGAGCCCUUCAGAGUUACCCGCCUCAGCUUUGCCACUGGACCUGCUGAAUAACGCUGUCACUGCCUUUAGUACCUUGGAAGAUCUUAUUCGGUAUCUUGAACCCGAUAGGUGGCAGUUGGACUUAGAAGAUCUCUAUAGGCCAACGUGGCAACUUCUUGGCAAGGCUUUUGUUUUUGGAAGAAAAUCCAGAGUGGUGGAUCUGAACCUUCUAAAAGAGGAGGUAAGAUUAUACAGCUGCACACCUCGUAACUUCUCGGUGUCCAUAAGAGAAGAACUAAAGAGAACCGAUACCAUUUUCUGGCCAGGUUGUCUCCUGGUUAAACGCUGUGGUGGAAACUGUGCCUGUUGUCUCCACAAUUGCAAUGAAUGUCAAUGUGUCCCGAGCAAAGUUACUAAAAAAUAUCAUGAGGUCCUUCAGCUGCGACCAAAAAUUGGUGUCAGGGGAUUGCACAAAUCUCUCACUGACGUGGCCCUGGAACACCACGAGGAGUGUGACUGUGUGUGCAGAGGGAACACCGGAGGAUAACCACUUCACCAGGCGCAGCCGUCUCCCAGAACCAUACAGCUCAGCGACUGAUUCCCUUCUAGAACUUACGCCUUAUCUCCGUCCAUAAUCUCAGUUGUUCGCUUCAGGGACCUUUCAUCCUUCAAGAUUUACAGUGUGUUCUAAAAGAGGAGACACCAACCGGAAUUAGGAGUUGUGCAACAGCUCUCUUGAGAGGAGGCCCCGAUGACAGGAGGAAAGGUCUCCAGUCGUGGAAAAAAUAUUAAAUGUUCUAGGUCACUAGCUAGUUACAGAGUUACCAUGUACUUCUAGCUGUGUUCAAUAUGUCAGUUGUCUUGAUGUGACUUAGGUUAAUUCAGUACAGGAAAAAAAAAAAAAGAACUGUGCACAAGGGAGCACCUGAUUCUGUUGCUUUGCUUAACCCUCAAGCUCCAUGUUCUGGGCCUAAAAUCAGAGAAAUCUGGAUUUUUUUCUUUAUAUUCACAUGUAUAAAGCAGAGUGUUCAAUGUUCUACAAACUUGGUUUUAAAAAGGAACUAUGAUUCUAUAAAUCAAACUUGUGUCAUGCUGAUAGGAAAGACUGGAUUUUCCAUAUUUCUUAUUAAAAUUUCUACCAUUUAGAAGAAGAGAACUACGUUCAUGGUUUGGAAGCGACAAACCUGAAAAGAAGAGUGGCCUUAUCUUCACUUUAUAAGUUGGGUUAUUUUAUUGUGUACAUUUUUAUAUUCUCCUUUUGACAUUAUACCUGUUUGCUUUUCUAAUCUUGUUAAAUAUAUCUAUUUUUACCAAA